AUGGCCACCCUUGCACUUCCUGCCGGUAUUGAGACCGAUGGCGCUAUCCGCCUCUUCAACAAGUGGUCCUACGACGAUGUCGAGGUCAAGGAUAUCUCGUUGAUCGAUUACAUCCAGGUCAAGGCCCCCGUCUACUUGCCCCACACCGCUGGUCGCUUCGCCUCCAAGCGUUUCCGCAAGGCCCAGUGCCCCAUCGUUGAGCGUCUUACCAACUCCUUGAUGAUGCACGGACGCAACAACGGAAAGAAGCUCAUGGCUGUCCGUAUCGUCAAGCACGCUUUCGAGAUCAUCCACUUGCUCUCUGACCAGAACCCCAUCCAGGUCCUCGUUGAUGCCAUCAUCAACACCGGUCCCCGUGAGGAUUCCACCCGUAUUGGUUCCGCCGGUACCGUCCGUCGCCAGGCCGUCGAUGUCUCCCCCCUCCGCCGUGUCAACCAGGCUGUCUCCCUCUUGACCAUCGGAACCCGUGAGUCUGCUUUCCGCAACGUCAAGUCCAUUGCUGAGUGCCUCGCUGAUGAGCUCAUCAACGCCGCCAAGGGCUCCUCCAACUCCUACGCCAUCAAGAAGAAGGAUGAGCUCGAGCGUGUUGCCAAGAGCAACAGUCAGGCCGAGGAAAGCAUCCCAAGACCAAGAAACCUGAUGGCGGAGUACGACCUUCACAAUGUAUUGCGAGACUGGAUCAUCAAGACCAAGAACGGACUUUAUUACGACAGCCACGAGGGAAAGGAUGUUCUGGAAUACAGGACCGAGUUUCUUAGGAGGAUAGAGGAGUACGAGAGCCGGAUGAUUCGAGGCGACCAGGACAACUAG